AUGAAAGGUGUAGGUACGUGGGAGUCUGCCAUGGAGGUAGCGGAAGAGCAGCAGCAGCAGCAAAAAAAACGUGGUGGCGGCUUUCAGUCGUUCGGUCUUGAAAAACCUCUUCUCGAUGGCAUUUUGAGACUUGGCUACAACGUGCCAACACCCAUUCAGCGCAGAGCCAUACCGCCAAUGAUGCAGGGAAACGACAUUGUUGCCAUGGCCCGAACGGGAUCGGGAAAAACGGCGGCCUUCCUCAUUCCUAUGCUUCAUUUACUGAAGGCACACAGCAAAAUUGUUGGAGUUCGCGGGCUCAUCCUGUCUCCCACGCGUGAGUUAAGCAUGCAAAUCCUCCGCUUCGGUAUUCAGAUUAGCAAGUUCUUGGAUCUCCGAUUCGUAGCACUUGUUGGGGGUAACUCCUUGGAACAACAGUUUGAGAUGUUGGCAUCCAACCCAGAUAUCGUAGUGGCAACACCCGGACGUAUAUUACACAUUAUGGAGGAGGCUUCACUGCAACUUUCCAUGGUGAAAUCCAUAGUGUUAGACGAGGCUGAUCGCUUGUUUGAGCUUGGUCUGCAACCACAAAUUGUUGCCAUUAUGCAGAAGAUUCCGGAGUCUUGCCAGCGGUCACUUUUCUCUGCAACAAUGCCUAGUGUUCUCGCAGAGUUUACCAAUGCCGGUCUCCACAACCCUGUGGUCCUCCGCCUAGAUGCGGAAAUGAAACUGAGUGAUAAACUCAAACAGAGUGCCUUUUUUGUGCGAAAUGACGAAAAAAUUGCGGCACUCAUUGUGCUGUUGAAGAAAGUGAUUGGCAUUGAAGCCAGUGACAAAAAGAGCGAAAGUGCGGAGAAGCAGGCCCUUGUAUUCGUGGAGUCUAAAUUCCAUGUAGACUACCUGGAGGCAAUCAUGGAGGCUUACCAUAUCUCUUGCAGCGCCGUACACGGACAGAUGGAUCAGGAGGGGCGCCGCAAUGCCGUUCGUGCCUUUGCCAAGCGGGAGACGAGUGUUAUGAUCGUGACAGAUGUCGCCGCCCGCGGUUUAGACCUCCCUCUGCUGGACAACGUAGUUAACUUCUCUUUCGCACCAACACCCAAGUUGUUUGUGCAUCGAGUUGGUCGCGUAGCGCGCGCCGGUCGCUCCGGGGCGGCGUACUCUAUCCUAACCUUUGAGGACUUCCCCCACUACGUAGACCUCAUGGCAUUUCUUAACCGACCAUUGCAAUGCCGGAAAGAACCUGGGGACCUUCUCUUUACUGCUGACGACGGCUGCUACGGUCGUAUGCCGGAGGACGCGCUGCAGCUUGAGCUGGAUUUCAUUCGACGGCUCGUGCAGAACGAUGUGGAACUUAAGGGCAUGACAAAGGUAGUAGAAAACGCUCAUAAGAAGUUUGCCCGCACAAAGAAGAAGGCUACACACGAUGGCAUUCAAACGGCGCGGCAGAGUGAAUAUCAGUUUGAUAGUACGCCGCUUCAUCCGAUAUUUGUGGAACGGUUGGAAAAAAAGGAAAUCGCCGCUGACGAGGCGCGUGUUGGGCUGAAACGUUUCAAGGCGAAGGAGUCUCUGUUGGAGAUCGUCCAUGGAGAGAAAAUGAUGGAAAUCAAGAAACCAGUUACCGUUCAAUCUCUCUGGAGGGAGCAACGACAGAGGGGUGAGGAUAAAGAGGGGAGUGAAAAAGUUGACACUGGAAGCGAUAAAAAGCAGGGAAAGCACGAAUCUGAAAACUGUGUUUCAAUGGUGGCUCGCAAGAAUGGGGCGGUGAAGGGCAGCUCGACUAUGGGAAGAAAGCUUUCACUCGCCGAAUCGCUUCUCUUGAAAGCACAGGAGCGGAAGAAGCGUGAAAGAGAGGCAGUCAACGGUGAGGAGAACGAUGAUGUCGAUGGCAUCACGGUUUUUCCAGCGCGUGCCGCGUACCAUAGCAACUCGAGUGCUGGUGCAAUCGGCGGUAUGGAGUGCAACAGUGACAAGUACCGCGACCGCGAGUUCUUUAUGGAAGACGUCAAGCGCAACACCAUUGAAGAUGUCCACUACUCGGUAAAGGAUGCAACGUUUGACAUUGGAGCUGACACAGCACAGGAGGCACAACAGCGACGGCAAGUUUACGCUUGGAGCAAGAAGAAGAACCGAUACGUUCGCAUGAAUGUCAACGAUGCCAAAGCGCUUCUUCGCGGAGUGAAGAAUGAGGCUGGUAAGGCGGUAAACUUCAAGACAAAGCUGAAGACGUACUCUAAGUGGACCAAAAAGAGCAACCUUCGCAUUCAGGACGCUGGUGAGGAGGAAGAUCUCGGGCCACUGCGCCAAGCACGCGAUGCGCAGCGGCAAAAUGAACGGGGAGUAGGAGAUGAGGAUGAUGGAUUCGAUGAGACGGAGGAAGUGGACAUCAGUAACCCUAAUCAAGGAAAGAAACUGCGGAUUGGACGGAAGCUGCGCCGGCUUCCAAAGGAUGGUCAUGUGCGUACUUUCGAGGAAAUGGCUCUCAUGAAGAGAAAGGCGGCAAAGGAGAAGGCACGGUUGGAGCGCAAAAAGCAGAAAGGUAAACGAAAAAGGUGA